CUGGGACAGCACCAUCACAGGAAAGAAGGAGAUUUAACAAACGACUAAAAAAUAAAAGGGAAAGUGAAAGACUUGUCAAUUCUGUGUGCUAGCAAACAAUAGAAACAUGCUUAAAAGCUGCUGUGUGCUGAUAUGAACUGCAUUAGGGUGCAUUAGGACAUAUUUUCGGCGUACUGCAUUUGAUAUACGAUGUAAUGGGACAUAUUAAAUAUUUCCCUGUCACACUAAUUGUAGUAUGGGCAUUGCAACACACCCAGUAUCUCUCUCAAAGCGCUCCUCUUCCAGGAAUGAACAAAGCUUGAUAACCCCUCCCUCUCAAACACAGCCAGCUCCACUCUGUGCUCAUAUUUCCUUGUUCCCUCCCCUUCAGAGCUACAGUUUGCAGAUGGGUGUAACCAACAUGCUGGGGAAGUACAACAGCGUAUCACUGCUGAUUUACAUCAGAGCUCAGACUAGUUUCACUUCUCAGGAAGUGAGACUCAGACAGUCGUUGUCACUGAGCGAGAGGUGAAAUGGAGCAGAAAGGAGUUCAGCUGGACCGGGGAACCUUCUCUUGUUCCAUCUGUCUGGAUCUACUGAAGGAUCCGGUGACUACUUCCUGUGGACACAGCUACUGCAUGGACUGUAUUAAAAGCCACUGGGAUGUAGAGGAUGGUAAGUACAGCUACAGCUGUCCUCAGUGCAGGCAGAGCUUCACACCGAGGCCUGUCCUGCUGAAAAACACCAUGUUAGCAGAUUUAGUGGAGGAGCUGAAGAAGACUGGACUCCAAGCUGCUCCUGCUGAUCACUGCUAUGCUGGAGCUGAAGAUGUGGCCUGUGAUGUCUGCACCGGGAGAAAACUCAAAGCACACAAGUCCUGUCUGAUCUGUCUUGUCUCUUACUGUGAGAAACACCUUCAGCCUCAUUAUGAUGUAGCUCAGUUUAAGAGACACAAGCUGGUGGAGCCGUCCAAGAAGCUCCAGGAGAACGUCUGCUCUCGUCAUGAUGAGGUGAUGAAGAUUUUCUGUCGUACUGAUCAGCAGCUUAUCUGUUAUCUCUGCUCUGUGGAGGAACAUAAAGGCCACGACACAGUCUCAGCUGCAGCAGAGAGAGCUGAGAGGCAGAGAGAGCUCGAGGGGAGUCGACAAAACAUCCAGCAGAGAAUCCAGGACAGAGAGAAAGAUGUGAAGCUGCUUCAACAGCAGGCGGAGGCCAUCAAUCUCUCUGCUGAUAAAGCAGUGGAGGACAGCGAGAAGAUCUUCACCGAGCUGAUCCGUCUCCUGGAGAAAAGAAGCUCUGAUGUGAAGCAGCAGGUCAGAUCCCAGCAGAAAAAUGAAGUGAGUCCAGUCAGAGAGCUUCAGGAGAAGCUGGAGCAGGAGAUCACUGAGCUGAAGAGGAAAGACGCUGAGCUGAAGAAGCUCUCACACACAGAGGAUCACAACCAGUUUCUACACAACUACCCCUCACUGUCACCUCUCAGCCAAUCAGCAUCCAGCAUCCAUAUCUGUCCUCUGAGCUGCUUUGAGGACGUGACAGCAGCCGUGUCAGAAGUCCGAGAUAAACUACAGGACGUCCUGAGAGAGAAGAGGACAAACGUCUCACUGACAGGGACUGAAGUGGACGUUUUACUGCCACAACCAGAGCCCAAGACCAGAGCUGGAUUCUUAAAAUAUUCACGUGAAAUCACACUGGAUCCAAACACAGCACACACACGGCUGUUAUUAUCUGAGGGGAACAGGAGAGCAACAAUAAUGAGUGAACAACAAUCUUAUUCUAGUCACCCAGACAGAUUUACUGGCUGGUAUCAGGUCCUGAGUAGAGAGAGUCUGACUGGACGUUGUUACUGGGAGGUGGAGACGAGAGGGUUAGGAGUUUAUGUAGCAGUCACAUACAAGAAUAUCAGCAGAGCAGGGUGUUUGGGUGAAUGUAGAUUUGGAUACAAUGAUAAAUCUUGGGCGUUAGAUUGUAUCAACAACGGUUAUACAUUUUGUUACAACAAUGUCCAAACUCCCGUCUCAGAUCCUGUGUCCUCCAGAGUAGGAGUGUACCUGGAUCACAGUGCAGGUAUUCUGUCCUUCUACAGCGUCUCUGAAACCAUGACUCUCCUCCACAGAGUCCAGACCACAUUCACUCAGCCCCUCUAUGCUGGACUAAGGCUUAAUAUUUGGUCUUCUGGAGACUCUGCUGAGUUGUGUAAACUGAAAUAGACAGAAGUCAUUUAAGGGUUAGCCUAUAUUCUGUGUUUAAACUCUUUUGGCAUUUUUUCCAGUAUAUGGUACUUGCUCGACUCGACCGCGGUGCCCCGUCCUCCAUUUUCCAUUGCAGAUUUAGUACCGCCUCAUGCGUGAGGUGAGCAUGGCUGGU